UUUACUUAUUUUUCUUCGGUUUUCUCAGGUUUUGAAAUUCGAAUUAGACUUUUCCUCCUUUGUCAUCACCUACAAUAUCAAUCGAUGGUCCACCACUGCAUAUAAAUUGCUCUACAUUCUCUCCUGUUUUCCCACCACUAUAGCACAAAAUCCAAAACCUUUGCUAAUCAAAUUAACUAGAGAGUGACCUUACCUUAUAUUAAUUUAACAUGGGUUUGGGAAGUGAUCAGAAUCAUCAACUUUUGUCCAAGAUUGCAACCAAUGACAAACAUGGAGAGAAUUCUCCAUACUUUGAUGGGUUGAUGGCUUAUGAAAGAGACCAAUUUCACCCUACAAAAAAUCCUAAUGGUGUUAUCCAGCUUGGUCUAGCAGAAAAUCAGCUCUGCUUUGAUCUGAUUGAAGAGUGGAUAAGAAAUAACCCCAAGGCAUCAAUUUGCACUCCUGAAGGAGUGCAUAAGUUCAGAGAGAUUGCAAACUUUCAGGACUAUCAUGGAUUGCCAGAGUUCACAAGAGCUAUGGCAAAUUUUAUGUCAAAAGUGAGAGGUGGGAGGGUGAAAUUUGAUCCUGAGCGUAUACUGAUGAGUGGAGGGGCGACAGGGGCAAACGAGUUGAUCAUGUUCUGCUUGGCUGAUCCUGGGGAUGCUUUUCUUGUUCCCACACCUUAUUAUCCUGCAUUCUUGCGUGAUUUAUGUUGGCGAACUAAGGCGCAAUUAAUCCCUGUUCUCUGUGAUAGCUCCAACAACUUCAAGAUAACAAGAGAAGCUCUUGAAGCAGCUUACAACAAAGCCCAAGAGGACAACAUCAAUGUGAAAGGAGUGAUUAUAACCAACCCCUCCAACCCUUUGGGAACCAUCCUAGACAGAGACACAAUGAAGAGCAUCGUGAGCUUCAUCAAUGAGAACAACAUCCAUUUAAUUUCUGAAGAAGUGUAUGCAGCCACGGUUUUCAGAUCCCCAAGCUCUUAUGUGAGCGUUGCUGAAGUCAUCCAAGACAUGGAAGAGUGCAACAAUAAUAUUAAUCUUGAUCUCAUUCACAUCACUUACAGUUUGUCUAAGGACAUGGGGUUCCCUGGUUUUAGAGUUGGGAUAGUUUAUUCAUUCAAUGAUGGAGUUGUGAGUUGUGGAAGGAAAAUGUCAAGCUUUGGGUUAGUCUCCUCUCAGACUCAACACAUGCUGGCUUCAAUGCUUUCAAAUGACAAAUUUGUGGACAAUUUUCUCAAGGAGAAUUCAAGGAGGUUGGCUAAAAGGUAUGACUACUUCACAAAGGGGCUUGAAGAGGUUAACAUAACUCGCUUUCCAAGCGACGCAGGACUCUUUUGUUGGAUGAACUUGAAAAGCUUGCUUAAGGAUCAAACAUUUGAAGCUGAGCUGAAGUUGUGGCGUGUGAUCAUGAAUGAGGUGAAGCUCAACGUAUCGCCAGGCUCAUCUUUUUGUUGCUUCGAGCCUGGUUGGUUUAGGGUUUGCUUUGCUAACAUGGAUAAUGAAACUGUGGAAGUCGCUCUCAACAGGAUCCGGACAUUCAUAGGCAAGGAAACAAAGAACCAAGUGAAGAUCAAACGUUGGCAACCGAAUCUCAAACUCAGUUUCUCCUCGAGAAAGUUUGAAGAGAGUACUGUUUUAUCACCUCACAUGAUGUCUCCUCAUUCACCAAUUUCCCACUCACCCCUUGUGAUUCCAGCCACUUAAUCCAGUCAGAUUGUCCACGUGGAAGCAUCUAUCUUAUUUCAAGAAAAUAAUGUUCAAAAUUCAUCUAGCUUUGAUUUUGUUUUUCUUCCUAGUGGGAUUUUGAAAUGCAAAUUGUUCCAGAGUUGCUUAAUUAAGAUAUUAUAAUUUAUGAAUUGUGUUGAGAAUAUGCCUAUAGCUGAAAUUAAGAGGAGAUAAUUAGUUAGGAUUUAAAUUUUGUUUUAAGAUAUUGUUUAGAUUUAUUUUCAAAUUAGAAUAAGAUUAAAAUAAUAUUAGUUGUUUCUAAAAUCAAUAUCACUUGAUUUUAGGAAUCAGAUCAGUUUAUGAGUAGGUUUG